AUGGCCCGCGCGCGCUGCCUCCGCGCCGCCGUCUCCGGCUUCUGCCUGUGGGAAGCGGCCGUGCUGCUCAGUUUGGUAGCCACAAAGGAAACAGACAGCGCAAGAUCUCGUAGUAUGCCAAUGUCACCAUCUGAUUUCCUGGAUAAGCUAAUGGGUCGCAUGUCAGGAUACGAUGCAAGGAUCAGACCAAAUUUCAAAGGCCCUCCAGUUAAUGUCACAUGCAACAUAUUUAUAAACAGCUUUGGAUCCAUUGCAGAGACAACCAUGGAUUACCGAGUGAACAUCUUUCUCCGUCAGAACUGGAACGAUCCACGUCUUGCAUACAGUGAAUAUCCAGAUGACUCUUUAGACCUAGAUCCAUCCAUGUUGGACUCAAUUUGGAAACCUGAUCUGUUCUUUGCUAAUGAGAAAGGUGCCAACUUUCAUGAAGUUACAACAGACAAUAAGUUACUGCGAAUUUUCAAAAAUGGAAAUGUGCUUUAUUCCAUCAGAUUGACUUUAAUACUGUCCUGUCCAAUGGAUCUCAAAAAUUUUCCAAUGGAUGUGCAAACAUGUAUAAUGCAGCUGGAAAGCUUUGGAUACACAAUGAAUGAUCUCAUUUUCGAAUGGCAAGAAAAGGGAGCUGUCCAAGUAGCAGAAGGGCUCACCCUGCCACAGUUUCUGUUGAAAGAAGAAAAGGAUUUAUGCUACUGCACCAAACAUUACAACACAGGAAAGUUUACGUGCAUCGAAGUCCGAUUCCACCUGGAGAGGCAAAUGGGUUACUAUCUCAUCCAGAUGUACAUACCAAGUCUCUUGAUCGUCAUUCUCUCCUGGGUGUCAUUUUGGAUCAACAUGGAUGCAGCUCCAGCCAGAGUGGCUUUGGGCAUAACAACUGUGCUGACCAUGACAACACAAAGCUCAGGGUCACGAGCAUCGCUCCCAAAGGUGUCAUAUGUCAAAGCGAUUGACAUCUGGAUGGCUGUGUGUCUGCUCUUUGUAUUCUCUGCACUUCUGGAAUAUGCAGCCGUAAACUUUGUGUCGAGGCAGCACAAAGAACUGCUGCGAUUCCGCCGCAAGAGGAAGAAGAACAAGUAUUUUGAGGGAGAUCUGGAUGGAAAUGAAAUGAAUGCAUCAUUGCAGCAUAGCAAUGGCUUGAGAUGUGCAGGACGUAUAGACGGGACUUUGCCUCAAAUCUACAGUACAAAUUUAAGGGAUGAUGAUGUAAGAGAAAGUCGAUUUAGUUUUACAGCAUACGGAGUAGGGCCAUGUCUGCAAGCAAAAGAUGGAGUGACACAGAUGGGGCCAAACAACCCUAACCCUGUUCAAGCUGCACCAAAAACCCCCGAUGAGAUGCGAAAGGUAUUUAUUGACCGGGCCAAGAAAAUAGACACAAUUUCCAGAGCUUGCUUCCCAUUAGCCUUUCUCAUCUUCAACAUUUUUUAUUGGGUAAUUUACAAAAUCAUUAGGCAUGAGGACAUUCACCAAUAACAAGAUUAAAGCUUUUAGCACAUACAGUUCUGGCUGGCAGGAUCACCAGGAGGCUUUCUGUUAGAAAUAUGCCCAGGAAUCACCAGGAGAAGUACAGACAUUAAGGGGAGCAAAGAAGAAUCCUGUAUGACUUGCUUUCCCAAGUCACAGUGGAAUGGAAGAAGGACACCCAGAGAAGAGACAUCUGCUAUUGCAGUUUCUACAUCAAACUCAGCAGCAACAACUUUUUCCACAGUAAAUCACUCUCUACUGAAGCUUUACUGCCAAGUGUUUAUACAUAAUGUGACAUAGUGGUAUAACUGUACAGUACUUAAAAAUAUUCCUUAAAGUUUUUUUAAUUCUGGUGUAUUUUUAAUUAUAAAAUGGGUCCUGAAUUCUCUAGAUAAAUCCUAUAGUAUUAGAAAAUACUUAGCAUUUGUAACACUUAUUUCAGUUUUACAAGAUAAUGACAAAUUUGAUUUGCAUUUUAGAAUUUAAGGACUUUUUCUUGUCUUACAAACAAUAUAUGUGGUUUGGCAAUGAGCACAUAUGGUGCAUUUAAGUUAUAUUAUGCUUUCAAAGUGCUCCAUAUUAUGGUUCCACUGGAAAAUGUGUGUUGAUAUAAACUCAGAGACAGCACAAGGUACUGCUGCCAAAUAGUCUGAAUAUCACUUGGAAAAUAUGUUAAAAUUUGUCAUGUACUGCUUCCUGAAAAUAAGUUUUUUUUUUUCUUUUAAUGACCUAGAGUUACACUUUGAUAAAUUUAAACUUAAAAGCUCUUAAAUCUUUCCCCUUCCCCCAAUUGUUAAGAAUUCUUACAGCUCUGGAGAUGGACAAACUUCAUUAAAAUUUUGCAAUGUUCCAUUUUUAAUUCAGUCACAAAGCUAAAAACAGCCAUCUUCUCUGCUGAAAUAUUGGGUGGGCAAGAAUAACUGUACUUACAUACAUCUCAUAUAUGUUACAUAAAUCAAAAUUUAACAUACAAGUUUACGGAGUUCUCAUUCUUUGAAGUUUGACGUGACUUACUGCUAAAAAAUAUUUAAGUAAUCUAUUUUAAUUGUACUUCAGAGUAAUAAAUAGGGAAAUGUCUAUUAAAACAGUCCAGAUUUUUUUUUCCCAUUUAAAAUGGCAUAAGUGGUAAUUUUGAAUUAUAACACAGUCGAUCAUAUUUAUUGUAUAGUCUACAAACAUUCCUGCUACUCUAUUUGAUUGAAAGAGAAACAUGCCAAGAUAUGGAAAUCUGACAUUUAAAAAAUACUUGAUACUUUUGUGUCCAGAAGCUCAGGCUGCUUCUCACUGCUAAAUAUUUUUAUUUUGACCAUGUUUUAAAUUUUUGAUGUGUUAUUGCUCAGAAUGUGUAUAUAAAAGCAAAAUACAGCUGGAGGCAAACAU